AAAUUCUGAACUGAAUUUGCAAAAGCCGUCUUAGAUAAAAGAUUUGCUUCUCAGUUUUCUCAGCAUUGAGUUGUGCUCCUAAAGUUACCCAAUUCCUUGAUAAUGGCGACCCACCUUCCAACUUCAUCUCUUCCCUCGACGCGUCUCUCUAAAAUUGCACUACCUUUCACCAAAUCCUGGAAUAGAGCUCAAUUCACCUUCCCCAAAAGUUCAAUUGGGCCUCUUAGAUGUGCAGUUUCAGUUCUAUCCGAGCCAAUUCAAUCAGAAAAAACCAACAAUGGGAAACCCUACCCAGCUGAAGUUUCGAGGACAAUUAUGGAAUUAUCUUCAGUUGGAACUUUAUCCGCGCCCACCCAAGAUGGUUGGCCUUUAGGCAUUGGUGUCCGUUUCGCUGUUGAUCCACAUGGAACUCCUGUCCUCUUUUUGAAUGACGCCACUUCCAAAUUAUCUGUCAAUUGCAAGUCUACCAUCCAUGUUCAGUUAGAGCAAUAUGGAUUGCGGACUCCACAGUGCACGGUACAAGGGACUCUUGAAAAGCCUGAAGAUACCACAGCUUUGAAGAAGCUUCAUUCAGUUUGGAAAAAACGAUUUGGACAUGAAGUAGAUGAAGACCACUUAUUUUUGCUUUCUGUGGAACGGGUACUGCAACUUGAAGAUUUUGCAGAGGAUGGAAUUUGGGUCACUUCAUCAGAUUACAAGUUGGCGAACCCUGAUCCUCUUCGGGACUUUGCAGGAAGAAUGAUUGAAGAGAUAAAUACUCACAAUAGAGAAGACAUAUUACGGUUUUGCAGCAUCUAUGUAGACUUGGAUUUCCAGGUUUCUGAUGCCAAGAUGCUCUGGGUUGAUAGAUUAGGUUUUGAUGUCCGCUUCAGGUCUCCUCAAAAUGAUGUAUUUGAAGCCCGUAUCCCAUUCCCCAGAGAAGUUACUGACGAAAAGGGCGCAAAAUCAUCUUUCAAUUGUAUGUCUCAACUAGCUUGGGAAGUAGAAAAGAAUUUCCAUGCGGCAGAGUUUGAAAAGGCAAAACAACUGAAAAAGAUACAGUACACAGGACUCUGAUUAAUAUUGGCUUCUCUACGCAAUUUUUUAUGCAAUUAUUAGCUGUAAUUUCUUGAUGCAUCAUUCUUUUUCUCGAGAGAUUGCUAUGUUGAAUUGGACUUUGGAGGCUGAUCAAUGUAAUUUGUCAGUAGGAUAUAUAGUGUAAAAAUUUGUGAGUGUUUGCAAUUGCAGCUAGCGGGAAUGUAAUAUGUUCAUCUCUGGAGCAGCACAAGAAUGUUUGUGAGCACAUAAGCUGUCGGUUAAUGGAGCUCUUCUAAGACUUCUUUUUUUACAUGUAAGACCGUGGAUCAGCAUAUUUUGUUGCAA